GGGCAGGCAGGCUUUCGACACCAAAACGGAGUUACGGCGGGCGGGGUUGGGGAUUCUCACUGCUUUGUCUCAUCUUCAUCACCAUCAUGAACAACUUAUAAAUUCGACAUACACAUCAGGUAUCUCGGCAUACAUUUCUUCGUCGCCACGGGCGCUCGAGUCAAUGGCAGCCCAUGCUGGUCGCCCUUCCGAUCGUCCGCUGGCACAUGGAGUUUCUUUCACGCACGAGCAACGAUUUCCCUCUCGCGACACCGCAAAGUGGCCCUGAGCCUCGUAUGCUACCCAGUUUAUCCAUUUAUAAUUACGAAUCUUUUCUGGGCCAGUCCGUGGUCUCUUAGGUACCAAUGGAACCCUGAGCCUUCCAACUCUCGAUCUCUCUUGCCCCUGGUCAAACCCCAGCUGUGGGCCUCUUAAUAAGCUUCGGAUUGAAAUCAUUCUCUUUGGUUGAUCAAAAGAUCAUGGGAGCUCUAUAGAUUAUCUUGGCUAGUUCUUGUGUUUCAUGAUGUGCUGGGCAAAACUUGCUUUGAUAGUGCAGGUACUGGUUGAUGCAUACUUUUAUGCUGCAGGUCGAGGGACGAAAACUUGCCUCGUUCUUGUGCAUGAGCAUGAUCUGAUGGAUGGGGGAGGACUAGAUGUGAACAGAACCCGAGGGAGGCGAUAUGAGAUAGCUGGAAAGUCUGACAGGCCAUCAACCAUGGGAGGCAGGCUGGUAUGGCUGAGCUCUGAAAGACGGUAAUUAAUAUAUAUACCUACCACUUUC